AUGAUCAGCAGUGGUGACACGUUCCUCAAGCAGACGUCCCAAAAGGGCUACGCUGUCCUCGCUCCGGACGGCCACAUGGCUCCCUCACGUCGUAUAACUCCCUUCCUCCUCUACCUCGUCUUCGUCGUCACUCUCGGCCCGUUGCAGUUCGGCUUCCAUCUGGGAGAGCUCAACGCACCUCAGGCUGUCAUUACCUGCAAAGUUGACAAGUUGCCGACCUAUGGCGUUUACGGCCUAUCUCGAUGCAUACCUAUGACGUCUGGACAAUGGGGUCUGGUCCAGUCCAUUUUCACCAUUGGCGGGCUGUUUGGAGCUUGCUUUAGCGGUUUCAUUGCAACAAAGUUUGGCCGUUUGUUCGCUAUAAAAUGGCUUACCUUCUUUCUUGGCAUGGGACCAAUAGCAGAAGCGCUCGCAAACAAGAUGUGGGUACUCACCAUGGGUCGUGCGUUGUCGGGACUUGGGGCUGGUGCGGCUACAGUUGUCUGUCCGAUUUACAUCUCAGAGAUCGCCCCUCCAGACAAGCGUGGUCUCUUUGGAGCCUUCACCCAGGUUCAGAUCAAUUCCGGUAUUCUGCUUGCACAAUUCCUCGGAUAUUUCUUGUCAAAAAACACCAAAUGGCGUUGGAUUCUUGCAACUGCCGGCUUCAUUGCCGCAGUGGCCUUCAUUGGCCUGAUGUUGGCACCCGAAAGUCCAAAGUGGCUUGCGGCCAACCAUCGACCUCGCAUGGCAAGAGGAACCCUUCAACGAAUCAGAGGAAAGAACGCUGAAAUACGGGAAGAAAUGGAGGAAUGGGAAGUCUCUGGAGAGGGUGAAGAAGAAUGCCUUCUCGGGCCACCUCGUGGUCCGGAAAGUCAAGAGAAAGCAGGGAAAUCGGUCAUUGAUGUCGUUCGAGUCUACGCAUAUCGUCGAGCAGUGGUUGCCGUGACGGGCACCAUGAUUGCUCAACAACUUUGCGGGAUCAAUGCUGUGGUGAUGUACAGUGUUGCAAUUCUUGGACCGAUCAUGCCGACCCGUGCAGCUUUGGUCACAGUCGUCGUGUCGGCAAUCAACGUUCUCGUCGGCUUGUUGUCCUCUCCCCUGCCAGACAAGAUUGGUCGCAAGGCAUGUCUCCUGCUGUCCAUCUCAGGCAUGGGCGCUGCUUCAAUCAUGCUAGCCAUUGGGCUAGAGAAAGACAUUCAAUAUCUCACCAUUGUUGGCAUUGGCCUCAUUGUAUGCAGCUUCGGCAUUGGCCUCGGUCCAGUUCCCUUCCUCCUGGCUAGUGAGCUGGUAGGGCCUGAAGCUGUGGGUGCAGUGUCGAGCGUGGCACUUGCAGGCAACUGGCUCUCAACCUUUAUGGUCGCGCAGUUCUUUCCCAUAUUGAAUGCGGCCAUGCCCGAAGGACGAGUGUGGUGGGUGUUUGUGGGGAUAUCCGGUUUCUUUGCCGUUUUCGUUGCAAUCUUCGUUCCCGAAAGCAAGGGAAAGGCGUGUCCAGAUAAGGUCUGGGGUGGAAAACAUCCCUAA